UAUAAUAUAAUAACUAUAAACAUCUGGUGUUAUGUGUCAAGUUUAGGAUAGUUGCGUAUACUUCACAUCAAGAUUGUGGAAGAUUGCAUCAACAGUGGAAUUUCCCCGCACCAUAUACACCACAUCCCAAAUAGUUUAUGUAAAAGAGAUCAAGAAGAAUCAUAAGAUGUUUGGUCAACUUGAGCAUGAGUUAGAGCUGCACGUGCCAGCAAGUGAAGCAUGGGAUCUCUUUGGCACUCUUGCUAUUGGAAAGGUCGUUGAGGAAGAGAUGCCUGAAAGAUUUCAGAAGGUGGAGCUAAUUGAAGGAGAUGGAGGAGUUGGGACUAUUCUCAAACUCACAUUCACUCCAGGUUUACCUGGCCCAACUGGUUUAAAAGAAAAGUUCACCAAGAUUGAUAAUGAAAAGCACAUCAAAGAAGUAGAGGUAGUUGAAGGGGGAUGCUUAGAUCUUGGAUUCACACUAUUUAGAGUUCGUAUGGAAGUGAUAGAGAAAGGUAAAGAUUCAAGCAUAAUCAAAACUACAUUAGAGUAUGAAGUCAAGGAAGAGGAAGCAGCCAAUGUCGCACUUGCUUCCAUCCAACAAUUGGCAGAGAUUGUAGAAGUUGGCAAGAAUUACCUCAACAGAAACAAGGAUGCAAAAGAAGUAAAGUAGUAAUUUAUGUGCUUCAAAACUAAACUAGAGAAAACAAAAACUUAUGGCUUAGGUCAUGAAUAAAAUGAUGAAAGUUGCUUUGCUACCAAGAUUUUGUUUCAUUAAUUCACAUCAUCGUGUAUUUUUUUUUUCCUUUUGUGCCAAAGUAUCAAACCUAGGUCGCCAAGAUUAAAGAACAUAUUUUCAACCUAGUGAUUCUAGGAUAAAUCGACAUGUACUAUUUCUCAAAUGAUUUGAAGUAUACUCUCAAGGUUGUGUAAUAAUGUUAAUUAUAGUGGAAAAUCCUUCAAGAUGUUAAGAAA